AUGGAGACGGUGUGGAGAGGGAGAGGCGCGCCGCCGGGAUGUCGCCUCUGGAAGACGCUGCUCGUUCUUUCCCUGUGGAAAGCAUCCCAGAGCCAAGCUGGAGCAGCAGGAGGCGGAGCAGGCGGAGGGCCGGACGCCUCGCAGCCCCGCUUCUCCUCCUCCCUCCCCACCUACCUACCCGUCCAGUGCCAGCUCAGCGGCGCCGACUCCGCCUUCUUCCUGCGGGAAGCCAACCAGGAGGUGAUGCGAAACGGCAGCCUGUCGUCGCGUACCGAGCCGUUCUUCCUCCACCAGCUGGAGCCGGGCGCCGCCGCCCCGCACUCCCUGCCGAGCGUCAACUGCAGCUACGGAAACCUGAGCAUCGAGCAGCCGGUCCCGGUGGAGCUCCUCCAGGGUCCGCCGCCGCAUCUGCUCCUCUCCUCCAGCCAUGUGACCUUAAACUGGAAGGUCAAAGGUCAAGUGGUGGUACCUAAAGUGGGCUCCACAAGGCCCUGGAUACAGGUCCUGUUUUACCUGGCAGGUCGGCGUUGGGAUGAGCCCGACUCGCCUCCUCCGUCUCUGCUCCCGUGUGUGAGAGCCGUGGCCAUCCGCGACACCAGCGAAGCAGCACCCUCGGCAGGCUGCCGACUCGUGGGACCAUCUGGCAUCUGUGUUGUCCGUCUGGAGAUUCCCCCAGCUUGGUUUACACCGCCGCAAGUGAGAAAAAGACCUCUUGAAAUGUCUCUACCAUCAGUGGACGUGUACUACUCCAUUAUCCCAGUGGAAGGUCCCGGACAGGACUGUCCUUCCAUAGUGGACGAGCCGUGGAGAGGUCAGAGUGCAAACGUGGGACCCCUUGGAGGCUUUGGUCUGGGCCUUGGGGGCCAGUGGAACCCUCUGCCGGAUGGGGGUCUUCAGGACAUGCUGAAAGCAGGUUCUGUCGCUAUGACCCUGGGCCCAGUUUCUGCCAAAGGAGACAGAUUGCAAAUCGAUGACAAUGUGGAGGUUCUGGUGCCGCCCAGUCCAGUCCGGCUUGGCAAGACAGUGGCGUUUGGCGUCUACAUGAAGACAAAUUCAAACGCGGAGCAGUUUACACUAAGGGUGUGGUUCCAGUCAGGCAUCAACUUCCUGGCGGUGAAGCCCAGCAACCUCGUCGCAUGGGAGAUCAAACAGGAAAUGGCGCCGGGAAGCAGUUCGCUGGCGGUGAUGUGUCAGAGGAAGGUGUCCUCCACCGCAGGGAGGCUGGACAGUUCGUCGUAUGAGGUGAUGCAAUUGGAGUUCGAGGUGGACAACGUGAUUAAUCUGGUGCCGACCCAGACUCUGCACUGGACCGUGGAGUACCCGGCCGGCGCGCAGACGACUCCUCAGCAGGCGGAGAAAGUUUCACACCUCUACAUCAGCAAUGCCGACGUGCAGGGCAUCGUGGCACUGGCAGAGGACACGGAGGUGGUGAACACAGCCAUCCUAACUGGUCGGCACGUGGUGGUGCCCAUCAAACUGGUCACCGUGGAGACGGACGGGCAGGUGAGGGAGGUGGACGACUCGGUCACCUGCAUCUCGACGGACAUCUACGUCAUCAAGGUUUCUCCAAACUGCGACCAGGUUUUGGUGAACGGGAAGGAGAUGCGCGGCCACCAGUCUCUGGCGGUCAACUUCACCUACCUGCACCUUUCCACCCAGCUGCAGCUCACCGUCUGGGUGCCCAAGCUCCCCCUGCAGAUCGAUGUGUCAGACACCGAGCUGAGCCAGGUCAAGGGCUGGAGGGUUCCCAUCGUCACCAACAAGAGACCGACCCGAGACAGCGAGGAUGACGAGGAUGAUGAUAGGAAAGGCAAAGGCUGCACCCUGCAGUACCAGUACGCUUUGGUACGUGUCCUCACCCAUUUUGUCGCAGAGCCUUCCGAUCCUGGAGGAGAGAUGGUCUACAUGCUGGGGGCCGACUGGCAGGCUGAUAUCACUCAUUUAGUGUUGGACCAGCUGAAGGUAGAAGACCAUCGAAUUGCCAGACUAAUAGAUGGACGAAUCCUAGUGGGGCGAGACCUGGGAAUGACCACAAUUCAGGUUUUGUCCCCGUUGUCUGACUCCAUACUGGCAGAGAAGACUGUGACCGUGCUGGACGACAAGGUCUCCAUCACUGAUCUGGGAGUGCAGCUGGUGGCGUCUCUGUCUCUCGGCAUGGCGGCGAGUCCUGGAAACUCUCAGGCCAUACAGCUGACGACGACUGCUACAGACCUGCUGCACACACCAAAACAGGAAGCGGUGAUCAGUGCGUGGAUCCACUACAGCGACGGUUCAGUGACACCACUUGACAUCUAUGAUCCCAAGGACUUCCUGCUUUCUGCAGUAUCGCUGGAUGAGAAUGUCAUAUCAGUCACAAAUCAGGAGCAGCACUGGCCUAUUGUGGUGGCCGAGAGUGACGGACAGGGACCCCUGGUUCGCGUUGAGAUGGUCAUCUCUGAGACUUGCCAGAAGUCCAAAAGGAAGAGUGUAUUGGCAUCUGGAGUUGGCAAUGUGAUGGUUAAGUUUGGGGCGAAGAGUGAAGAAAGAGGGGUGAUGACAAGAGGUGGGCAAGACGACAAUGGAGGUAUGGACAACAGCACCAGCGAGCAACAGACAAAGGAUGGAGGAGAGUGGAAACCCAACAGUGCAGCAGUAGACCGGGAGGAACGAGCCAUGCGAAAGAUCAGUACAACCACCAAGAGCGCAGUCACCCACCGUGCUUCGGGUGGCAAAGCUCCCAGCGGCGGCAGCAGCAGUCGAGGCAGUGGUUCCACCCAAGCAGGAGACUACAGCGGCUACCCAGUUCAAGUGGAGGUACCAGGGACUGGAAACAGUGAGCUCUCCCAGACCACCAGAGGCCUCUCAGACCUGGAGAUCGGGAUGUAUGCACUUCUUGGAGUGUUCUGCCUGGCAAUACUGGUCUUCCUCAUCAACUGUGUCAGCUUUGCUUUCAGGUACCGCCACAAGCAGGUCCCCGUACUGGAGGCAGGAGGCAACAUGAACCACGCCCACGACUGGGUAUGGCUUGGGAAUGAAGCCGACCUUUUGGCUGACCACUCGGACCAGUGCCAGGGCGGCCUUCCUGAUGAGUGCACCACCAUUAUUGACCGGAAUGAAGGAGGGUAUGAAGAAAGCAAGUACCUCCUCAAUGGCGCUGGUAACACCCUGGUGAUGGGCGUGGGCACAGGCAUGGGCACCAUCAGUGGGAGUGGCGCCACAGGGGGACACCGAGGCAUCACCCAUGGACAGACUUUGCCCAGAUCUGUCCCAGAACCACAUCAGUGCCUUUCAGCAAUCAUGACCAGUGGCAAAGAAGCCACUGGGCAAAUGGAGCACCUGAAUAAUUCACCCCGAGCUGCGGCUGCAGCCGCAGUCGCGGCCGCCAAGCGUAAGCGCGUCAAAUUCACAUCUUUUGCCACUGUUCUGCCCAACGAUAAUUCGGGCGGAGGUGGCCCGUACACCAACUCUUCAGUCCUGGUGACCAAUGGGAGCGAGGAUGACAUCAAAUGGGUGUGCCAGGACAUGGACCUGGGUCAAUCUGAAAUCAGAACCUAUAUGGAAAGGCUACAAGACAAUCUGUGACUGGAAAAGAGACGGAGUUGAGAGGAAGAGUGCAGGAGGGAGGAAGGACAACGAGUACAAUUCACCUGUAAUGCCUUUGCAAUGGAUUAACAGAGGGAGAAUGAGAGGAAAAAGGGAACAGUACAGGGAAAAUGACGAAGACUUUAGGUGAUCAUUGAACGGACAGCGUAGGGGAGGCUUCCGUUUGGCUUCCAGUAAGCUACAGGAGACGAGAAGUCAUCACUAGCUCAUCCUGAAAUUAAUAGUAGCAAACAAUAACAAUAUGAGUUUGUUUUGUAUUAUUUAUUGUGAAAAUAUUAGUGUAAAGAUCAAUAAUGAAAUCACUAUUGGUUAUGAAUGUUUAGUUUCGGAAUACCAGUGAAUCAUUGCAUACUCACAUCACACAGUAAAUUCAGGGUAUGUUAUUGGACAAACAUUAUCCUGAGCCACUAUCCAAGAAGGGGCCAUAACAUCAUUACUUCAAUUUCCAACUCCAUAAGUCAUGUUUUGUUUUGUUUUUCUAAUUCAAAUAGUAUGUUGCCAACAUUAGCUGUUGCCGUUCAGUAA